AUGGCCGUGUUGUCCGUGGCCGCCGCGAAGGAAAUCUGCCCGCCCCCCGCUGCGAAGACCGCGCAAGAAUCCGAUUCAUCCGGGUCGAGACCCCCUUCUCGACGGCCGAUGGCUUGGCUGUUUUUGGCACAAGGUUACCACCAGGGUCCAAGUUCUAGAUUUGCUGCCACGUUUGACCUUUGUGUCGAGUUUGUUGCUGUACACCAGGCGGCGUACGGCGGCCGGAGACAAGUAGAGCAAAACGUGGAAAGGAACACCUUGGAGCCUACAAUAUCCAGUGAGAGAGCUUACCCUGCAUCUCGACUGGGGCGACUGGGGUACCCGUGGCGCUUGGACGAGCUUGCUUCGCCAGCAUACACGAGGUGUCGCAGCUCAGACCGGGGACCACCUCGGACGAGCUUGCGCGCAUUCGCCAUGGGAAGCGCGUCAUCGCCCAAGACGGGCCUCAAACAGGCCGCCUGUCUCGUGUGCCGCCGGGGCAAGAUCAAGUGCGAGUAUCUGCCCGACCAGGGCCGCUGCCGCCGCUGCCUCCAGCUCGACAGCGAAUGCGUAAGGCCCGACUACCACGCCGGCCGUCAGCGUGGCAUCAAAAAUAAGAGAGUGGGCAUAGACAAGGCCAUCUACCAGGUGCACCAGGCGGCACGCCGCGCCGGCAAGGGCGGCCACGGCAGCAAGGCCGACGCGGCGGUGCUCGCCCGGCUGCGCGACAUUCUGCACGAGGCAGAGGCGGACGGCAGGUCCGAGAUCUCGCCCAGCAACGAGUCGCAGCGUACGGCUGCCGGUGACGAGGAUGACUCGAUGAGUGACGGUGAGGACGAGGACGACGAGGAGGCGCAUGCCGAUGAGGACGACGAGGACGACGAUGCUGUGUCGGGCACGGCCGCCGGCGCGAGCAGUCGCCACGGAGCUAGCAUGAGCGCCAGCGCCAGCGCGCAAGAGCCGGAGCCGGACCCGGCCGCGGGCUACCGCCGCCCGCCGGGGGAGAGCCUCGCGGUGGACGGUGCGGAGAAUCCGCUGCAGCUGCUGGCGAGGGCCUCGUACUUUACGCCGUCGGCCGAGGAGCGUGGCAAGAGAGUGCCGCCCAAGACGAGGCAAGACGCAGCUGCCGCCAGCGAUAACAGCGCCUCCGAGCACGCCAAGCUCAACGACUUCUUUUCCAUUACGCGCUCCGAUCUGGACGUCGGGGAUGAUAUUGACCCCAUCUCCCUCGGCCUCGUCGAAGAAGACGAGGCCGAGAUGCUCUUCACAUUCUUCCACGAGAAACUCGCCCACACGCGCUGGGGUCUGGACCCGGACCUCUACACCGUCUCCUUUACCCGGACGCGCUCGGCCUUCCUGACGACGACGCUCAUGGCGUGCGCGGCGCUCUUCGUGCCCACGGCCGGCAGCCUGUCGAAGCGGCUGUCCAACCACGUCAAGACGCUCGCGCAGCGCGUCAUCACCCGCCGCCACCGCUCCGUCGAGAUUGUGCUCGCGUUUGUCGUCAACAUCCCCUGGAUCUUCCCCGGCCAGCGCAGCACCGACGACGAGACGUGCUGGUACAUCUCCAUGGCGGCCACGAUUGCCAUUGACCUGCUGAUGCACAAGACGCUCGUGGCCCGCGGCGUGCUCGACUCGGGCGCCGGCCUGACCAUGGCCCGCGGCGAGUGCCUCGACACGGGCACCGCGCUCGAGAUUGACGGCUACGAGGGCGUGGAACCCUGGUCCGAACGGGGCAUGAUUUUGCUGCGCUCGCGCGAGCGCUGCUGGAUCUCGCUCUAUGUGGUGGAGCGAGGAAUCCAAGACGCCAUCGAACGCUUUUUCGCGCAGUGGCACUCGAAAUGGGACUUGUCCAUUGGCGUGGGCCCUGAUCGCCGACUGCCCCCGUACGUCGAGAUCCUCGUCAGCCACACGCGGCUGUCCACCUACGGCGGCGUCAUCAACCACCCGACAGCGCCGAUCGAGGUCCGGCGCUUCUUCCGCACCGCCGGCCUGUCGUCGGCGCUCAACGUCAUGCGCGCCGCCAUCCAGGGCGAGUCGCUGCUGCAGUCCAUGCCCAACAACACGACCAUCAUGAUCUGCUUCGCCGCGUGCUUCGCCCUCACGCUCAGCGCGUACACGACGGACCGCUCCGCGCUCGCCCCGAGCAUCCGCGAGCUCAUUGUCGAGGCCGCCGGCGUGCUCGAGCGCCUCGGCACCAUCACCCCGCACCGCCACGGCCUCUCCGUCCUCUACGGCAAGUACCUCCGCCAGAUUGUCCGCAAGGCCGCCGGCUCCACGAAAAAGGGAGCAGCAGCGGCGGUAGUGGCGAGCGUGCCGCCGCCGCCGCCGCUGCCGCCGCCGCCUGUGUACGCACUGAAUCCGGCCGCCGCGACGACGUCCGCCCCCCUGCCGUCACCUGUCGGCAUGCCCGCGCCGGACCUCAUGCACCCGCUGCCGCAGCACCAGCACCACGCGCACCAGAUGGCCGCCGGGCAGCAGCCGAUGCUGUGGCCCGAGACGCUGCAGUUUUCGGCCAUGUCGGGCGACCAGAUCACGCACGUGCUCAACCAGCCGGGCAACGCGUUUGAGCCGUCGUUUGGCGGGCUCUCGUGGCAGGACAUGAAUAAUUUUGACUGGCUGCCGUUUCCGGAGUUUGGCAUGUAA